UCUCAACUUUCGGUCCUUUCGUUCUGGUUCCGCAAAGAAAAGUUUUCGACGUUUCGCGUAUCACGUGCUGUUCUUGUUCUGCAAAAUCAGAAUCAGAUAAGUGGCGGAGGAACAUUCCAUCGAAUAAAAGCGAAUAUGCUUUGAUUAUGCCAACGGUUUAUGUUCUUCGCGGUUCUUUCAUACACGAGUUUCGUUUGCAUAUCAAAUCAGGCUUCCAAUUAUGGCGUGAUCGCUCUCUGAUCAAUGGAGUCUUCAGGUCGUUCAUUACUCAAAAUCCAUAUUGUUGUUAGCUUCUUUCUUUGCAUUGAAUUGGCUCACUGCUUCUACAUUGAUUAGGUCGGUGGUUUAUCUAUCUGGGUUUCGUUUAAUAAUUGAUUAAUUGAACUGAUUGAUUCCGCUUGUUCAUGAGAUCGUAGUCUUGAAAUUUUGUGAUCUGGGUUAGUUGUGUGUAUAGCGUGCUUUUCUCUUUAUUUCUAGGAGUUCUGGAGAUAUAUGAUUGGGGAUCAUUGAGCUAAAACAUUGUACGUACAAUUUUAUGGGGGAGCUUGUACAGGUUGUUAUGUGAUGGCCAAAGAUUUUCAAGUUUUGAUUAGGGUGAUCUGAGGAAUCACAGUUUUUGGACGAUGAACGCUGUGGGGAUACUAGGUAGCUACAUUUCGAAGGGCGUUUAUACCGUUGCUGCGCCAUUUCAUCCGUUUGGCGGAGCUGUGGACAUUGUUGUAGUUGAACAGCAGGAUGGUAGUUUUAAAUCAUCGCCUUGGUAUGUACGGUUUGGGAAAUUUCAAGGUGUUUUGAAGGCAAGGGAGAAGCUGGUCAAUAUAAUUGUAAAUGGGGUUGAAGCUAAUUUUGCGAUGUGUUUGGAUCAUAAUGGAGAAGCUUAUUUUUUGAGGGAAGUUGAUGUUGAAGGAGAAUCUGGACCUUAUCCUGAGGGGAAAUUGCUGCAUGAACUGAAUGGUGGGCGGAUCCUCAGUUCACAAAGUUGCAAAUGUGAUGCUAGGAGUUCGAUUGAUGGGAUUGAAACGAGUAAGGAUAAUGGGAAGAUCCUGAUGAAGACUAGCUCUCGACAACGGAUACUUGGAUUUGUUUGGGGUCGUAGUAAAACCGUUAAAGAAGAUCAUCGUGAGGAUACAUCUAUUGCAAGGAUAAACUCACUGGAGUGUGCUGAGAUGGCAGCUGAUCUUUUAGAGGUUAGGUGGUCUACCAAUCUAAGCAAACAAAAGCUUGAGAAAUCAGAUUCUUCCAAGUUUACUUCCACUGAUACUUCAAACAGCAAAGAUGAAGAAAAGUUGAAGAGAAACGAUGGGAACAACCACGUCGCAUCAGCAGUCGAAGGUAUCAUGGGAAAUAAUCUCGAGAAAAACUGUGAUACCUGCAGAGAGCACAUAACCAAUGGCUCUCAAUUACCAUUGGAAGACGUAGAGCUUAGAGAAAUAUCAAGUUUAAAUUCCAAGGAUGGAGUGGUCGAAACUUCCAUUAUCGGGGAAAAGGCUUUCGACGAGACAUAUGAAGUGAAAUCUGCAGCAAUAGAUACUGUAAAGAAUUCCAAACAUACUGUUGAUGCGAUGGGAACCAUCCCUGCAAAUGCAAAUUCCAAAUCCCAAAUUUCAUCGUCAAAGAACCGUGAUUCAUAUAACGGACACAGGGAGAACUUUAUACGAGAGCGCUUAUCUGAUGAAACAAAUAUUGUUUCACAAGUAUUCAGUAAUUCUGAAGACAAUAGUGAACCUGAUGCAGUCCGAUCCUCAAUGUUCUAUGAAACUUCCAAGAGCUUAAUGUCGACAUUGGAUGAUUCAGUGGUACUGACUCAUAAAUUCUCCCACCUGGCCAACGGAGGAUCCGGGAUCGCUAGAGUCCAUACUGAGGGAUUGCAUGUGACAACUGAAGUUCAGCCGGAGGAUACAGAUUCUAGCAUGGUAGCGGAAGAUUUUGAUCUAGAGACUGAAAAAGUUGAAGUCCUUAUGAACUAUUCUCAACAAGUAGAUCAUUGUAAUACUUCUGUCUAUGAAGUAAACACAAUGGACCAAGGAAAGUCACUGACACUCGAAGCUGCCUAUUCUCAAAUAGUCUCCACAGAAGAAAGGCCUGGUUCAGUUAAAGAAUUGAAGUCUGAUAACAUAGUUUCAAGUUUCACCUCGGACUUUCAAGAUGACGAAAGUGUGGAUGGAAGUGUCACAAGCAAGUUCCAAAAUUCUUUGAAUUCUAUUGAUAAUAGAGUCAUAACAAAGGAAAGCCAUAUAAUUCCAUCAUCAAAUUCAGAUGAUGAAGAAUUCCUUUUCAGUAAUUUUGAUGUUUCAGAAACCGAGGUAAAUGGGAAUGUAGGGUCAGACAGCCACCAUUACAGUGAUAAAGAAGAGUAUCCAUUAGUAUAUCCAAGUAGCACUGAUGAAGAGGAUAGAUUUGUAACUAAAAGUUUUGAGACAUGCACUUCUAUUGAUAGUCAUGAGAUCUUCAGUCAGGGGAUCGCAAGUCCCAUCACGAUUCCUCAAAGCCACGCAAUUUCUGAUACAGAAGUUGAUCGUCUGGCAGCAUCAUUACCCAAUAUGCAGGCCGAUAUUAAUAAUUCAAUUGCCUCUGAGAUCAAUCAUCCUCUAAGCCACUCUGUAGACUCAAAUUCCAAACCAUUAAAGUGGAUGGAAUUGUGUAAAGAUGGUUCAAGCUCCAAGCUUGGUGGAGAUGGAGAAGAGAAAGCGGCAGAGGAAUGCUCAAAAACCAAAGAAUCCUUGGCUUCAGAAGAACAAAGUCUUCUUCCGAAUUCUACAGUGGGUAGUCCAGCAGAAGCAACGGCUGUCCCAGUUGGAAACUGGAAACUUUGGCCUUUCUCUUUCAAAAGAUCUAGUUCUGGAAAAGUAACUCCAUCAGCUGUUGAUGGUUACACAGAUUUUGAUACUAAGAAGGGUUCAGAUAGGAACAUAGGCGUGGAUGGAGAAGUGAGCAUCUUUAAGCGCAAAGCGGAGAAAAAGAUGGUUAGAUUCAUCUCGCCAACAUCUAAGCAGCUGGCAUCCUUAAACCUAAAGGAAGGGGGAAACACGGUAACUUUCACAUUCUACACUGCAGUGCUGGGGAAACAGGAGGUUGAUGCCAGGAUUUAUUUGUGGAAAUCGAAUACUCGCGUAGUGAUAUCAGAUGUGGAUGGAACAAUAACAAAAUCGGAUGUUCUAGGUCAAUUCAUGCCCUUUGUUGGAAUGGAUUGGUCACAAACAGGCGUCACAAAUUUAUUUUCUGCUAUUAAGGAAAAUGGAUACCAAUUGCUUUUUCUUAGUGCACGAUCAAUAUCUCAGGCCUAUCACACCCGCCAAUUUCUUUUCAACCUCAAGCAGGAUGGGAAGGCUUUGCCAGAGGGGCCUGUUGUCAUCUCCCCUGAUGGCCUUUUCCCUUCACUAUAUCGAGAAGUUAUUCGGCGGGCUCCUCACGAGUUCAAGAUUGCAUGCUUGGAGAGAAUCAGAGAACUAUUUCCUCCGGAUUGCAAUCCAUUUUAUGCUGGCUUUGGAAACAGGGAAACGGAUGAAUUCAGCUACCUUAAAGUUGGAAUUCCAAAGGGGAAAAUCUUCAUUAUUAAUCCCAAGGGGGAGGUUGCUGUAAACCGUCGCGUCGACACAAAAUCUUACGCUUCGCUUCACACCCUCGUCAAUGGCAUGUUUCCACCCAUUACCUCGUCCGAGCAGGAGGACUUCAAUUCAUGGAAUUACUGGAAAUUACCACCUCCCUUGAUAGAUUUUUAAUGUUGUCUCUUUGAAAUAUUCUCGUUAAGUUGGAGAUCCUUGAAUAUGGGCUUCACCUGUGCUUGGUGAUUUCCCUUGCAAAAUUCAUUGGUAGAGGUUAUUAAAACUUCUGGAUCAGUAGCUUUGAUCCAACCAGUUGGUUCGCACCAAAAUUCAUGAGCAGAAUCAGUUCAUAUUUCAUGCUGAUCACUGCGAAGUUGAUUUUUUUUUUUUUUGUGUUGCAUGAUGGAUAUAGUAUUAUUGUACAGUCUGGUGCUUCCAUCCAACAAGAGUUUAGCUUUUGUAGGUAUGUAAGUUAAAUGAAGGUAAAUAAUUAAGCUCCAUAAAUUAUUUAUUUAUUUCCAUUGAGGGACCUUGAAUGUGAAUAAGUUCCCAUCUUGAUGGAGAUUUUGUUUUUCUUA